UACUUUCCCCCUAAAAAAAUAUACUUUUGGCUCUCCUUUGGCUCUCCCCCCACCGUCGCCCCGCCGACAUCUCCUCCUCUCACCCCGCCACUCCCUCAACUUCUCUCGCCGGGGAUCCUCCAUCCGGCCACCGGUAUCCCCACUCCAGGCACAGGUAACUAGUAUUUGCAAAGGAAGCUUUUACUGAUGGAUUGGAGUAUGUUAGGGAUUGAUUAGUAUAUGUAUAUGGAUUAACUUGUCGUAUUAAGAAUCUCUUUAAGCUUCUAUACACUAAUCAGUAGAAUCUAAUUCCUUAGAGGGCACGAUGAUCUAGCAUCUUCCUUGUGUUUUCGUUGGCUUCUUAGAACAAAUUGAAGCUUUUCAACUCCAUUCACUCACUACCUAUGGUGAAAAACUGCAAUAUUGGCAUUGAGGAACUAGAAACAUUAUGGGAGGAAGUUAGAGAGUUAAGCUUCGGUACCUCUACCGAGGUGGAACGACUUCAUUCUCCUCCUUCGCCAGUUGAAUUUCUUAGAAAUUAUGUGAUGCCUAAUAAGCCUUGCAUCAUAUCCAAUGCUCUUGAACACUGGCCUGCCCUCUCAUUAUGGUCUUCUGAUGAGUAUCUUUGCCAAGCCCUUGGGUCAGCUAAGGUGUCUGUUCAUCUAACUCCAAAUGGUCGUGCUGAUUCUGUAGUCCCUAAUCCGGUAGACCCUUCCUCUUUGUGCUUUGCUUCUGCACAUGUGGAAAACAUGUCCUUUCCUGAUGCUUAUCGCCUCAUCUCUGAUUCUGAAAAGCGUGGAAAUUUUGUUGCAUAUGCUCAGCAACAAAAUGAUUGUUUUCGGACUGAAUAUGCAGUUUUAGGUUCCGAUUGUGAUGCACAUAUUGAUUGGGCCUCUGAAGCUUUAGGUUGUCUUCCUGAGGCUGUUAACCUUUGGAUUGGUAACAAUCAGUCUGAGACUUCCUUCCAUAAAGACCAUUAUGAAAAUCUUUAUGCGGUUGUUUCAGGUGAGAAACAUUUCCUUCUAUUGCCACCUACUGAUGUUCAUCGCCUGUAUAUUCGUCCUUACCCAGCUGCAAAUUACUCCUAUUCUCAGGAUACAGGAGAGUUCAAUUUGGAGCUUGAAGAUCCAGUUAGACAUGUUCCUUGGUGCAGUGUAAAUCCUUAUCCGUCUGAAGGGAGAGAGGAGAAGGAACGCAGUGAAUUUCCUUUAUAUUUUAACGGGCCCAAGCCAUUUGAGUGUACAGUUAAGGCUGGGGAGAUGCUAUACCUGCCUAGUAUGUGGUUUCAUUACGUGAAGCAAAGCCCACACACUAUUGCAGUCAAUUAUUGGUAUGAUAUGCAGUUCGAUAUCAAAUACGCUUACUUCAACUUUUUGCAGUCGAUUAAUCCUACUGCCUGAAGGGAAUGUUACAAGAAUUUGUUAUUUGAUGCUUCUACUCGCAUCAUGAGCGAUUCAAUUUUGGUAUAUGCGAAAUGGCAAAGUGCCGUAAUGUGUUGUAUCAAUUUCAAUUGAUUAAAGAUACUUGAAUUAGUAGGUAUUUUUCUUGCUAUUGCUUUUUAGGGCAGUUAUUGGUUUUACUUGUAGAGAGCAACUUUUUUCGUUCCCCCUUUUUCGUUUCUUUGUAUUUUAGAUUAAGGACCCGUUUGGUCUCA